UGGUACCGCAGACUCCGGCUGGUCACGUGACUGCAGUCCUGCGCGUGGAUCGCACUGCGGCUCGCGUCCCGGCGAGUUCUCGCCUGCGCGCGGCCGUUGCCGCGGAGACGACGCAUGUCUCCCGGGGCGCGUAGCCCCUUCUGCAGUCCCCCCUCCCCUUUUCUCCCACCACAAUGAGAUCCUAAGAUGGCGGUGGCUGCGGCGGUUGGCGCCGACUGGCUGAGUUAGGAAAGGCGGCCAUUGGGCCCGCGGCAGCCAGGGAACUUGCGGACUGUCCCGGCUGCGGUCUCCCGGGGAGGAACACGGUCGGUGGCGGGUUGUGGGGUCUGACCGUUACUCCGCUCUUGGCAGGAGCGGCUGCUUCGUUUACAGACAACAACUUUGAAGUGUGGAGCAGAAAAAGAGCUGUUUCUGUGCUGCAAAAACUAGUUUCCAAGCAGAAAAUUAAUUGUUAAAGCCAGUAUGGCCACAGGAGGAGGUCCUUUUGAAGAAGGCAUGAAUGAUCAGGAUUCCCCCAACUGGAUCAACGAGAGUGUUGAUGACCGACUCAACAACAUGGAUUGGGGUGGCCAACAGAAGAAGGCAAAUAGAUCAUCAGAAAAGAAUAAGAAGAAGUUUGGUGUAGAAAGUGACAAGCGGGUAACCAAUGACAUUUCUCCGGAGUCGUCCCCAGGCGUUGGAAGGCGGAGAACGAAGACUCCACACACGUUUCCGCACAGCAGAUACGUGACCCAGAUGUCUGUUCCGGAGCAGGCGGAACUCGAGAAGCUUAAGCAGCGGAUAAACUUCAGUGAUUUAGAUCAGAGAAGCAUUGGAAGCGACUCUCAAGGCAGAGCAACAGCCGCUAACAACAAGCGUCAGCUUGGUGAGAACCGCAAGCCCUUCAACUGCUUGCCCAUGCAGAUCAACACCAACAAGAGCAGAGACACGGCCCCCAGCCCUCAGAAGAGAGAAGGGACUGGGCCAGCGCAGUGCAAAGAGCUGUUUGCUUCCGCUUUAAGUAACGACCUGUUGCAAAACUGUCAAGUCUCUGAAGAAGAUGGGAGAGGAGAGCCUGCCAUGGAGAGCAGCCAGAUGCAGGUCGUAAGCAGGCUUGUUCAGAUUCGGGAUUAUAUUACCAAAGCUAGCUCCAUGCGGGAGGAUCUUGUAGAGAAAAAUGAAAGAUCUGCUAAUGUCGAGCGCCUUACUCAUCUAAUAGAUCACCUUAAAGAACAGGAAAAGUCAUAUAUGAAAGUUCUCCAAAAGAUCCUUGCCAGAGAUCCUCAGCAGGAGCCUAUGGAAGAGAUGGAAAAUUUGAAGAAACAACAUGAUUUAUUAAAAAGGAUGUUAGAGCAGCAGGAACAGCUGCGAGCGCUGCAGGGAAGACAAGCUGCCCUUCUUGCUCUGCAGCAUAAAGCAGAGCAAGCUAUUGCCGUGAUGGACGACUCUGAAAAGGUUGCAGGGACAGCUCCUGGCCAUCACACUGUACCGUGCAGACAGCCAGAUCGCUCUCCUUUGCAUCAGAGAGCGCCCUUCAGAGAGACUACAGGUAGCCUGUCUGGAGUCAGUAUCACAUCUGAACUAAAUGAGGAAUUGAAUGACUUAAUUCAGCGUUUUCAUAAUCAGCUUCGUGAUUCUCAGCCUCCAGCUGUUCCAGAUAAUAGAAGACAGGCAGAAAGCCUUUCAUUGACUAGAGAGGUUUCCCAGAGCAGGAAUCCAUCAGCUUCAGAACAUUUGCCUGAUGAGAAAGUCCAACUUUUUAGCAAAAUGAGAGUGUUACAGGAAAAGAAGCAAAAAAUGGACAAACUGCUUGGAGAACUUCAUACACUUCGAGAUCAGCAUCUGAACAACUCCUUCGUGCCUCCUUCAGCCCCUCCGCAGAGGAGCGCGGAUCAAAGGGGCGCCCCGUCCACCCCCUCUGCUCCUGUGUACUCGGCACCAGCCACCAGUGGAGAGCCCAGCAGCCUCGCGCCAGCGGCUCCUUACGCUGCAGCUCCUCUGCUUUCUCAGACUGACAAUGAAAAUGAAGGCCAUCUGAAUCCAACCGAAAAACUCCAGAAGUUAAAUGAAGUUCGAAAGAGAUUGAAUGAACUAAGAGAAUUAGUUCAUUAUUAUGAACAGACAUCAGAUAUGAUGACAGAUGCUGUAAAUGAAAACACGAAAGAUGAAGAAACUGAAGAGUCAGAAUAUGAUUCUGAGCAUGAAACUUCUGAACCUGUUACUAACAUUCUGAAUCCACAAGUAGCUGCCACCAGGAAUGAAGUAAAUAGUAUUUCUAAUGCACAGUGUGUUUCUAAUAAUAGAGAUGGCAGAUCAGUUAAUUCUAAUUGUGAGAUUAACAACAGAUCUGCUGCCAACAUAAGAGCUUUAAACAUGCCUCCUUCUCUAGCAGAUUGCCGAUACAAUAGAGAAGGAGAACAGGGGGUUCGUGUUGCACAAGGUGAAGAUGAUGAGGAGGAGGAGGAGGAGGAAGCAGAAGAUGAAGGCGCCAGUGCAGCCUCAUUAUCCAGUCACAGGAGCAGUGUGGCGGACGUGGACGAGGCUCCAGAAGAUGCUGAGUUCGAACAGAAGAUCAAUAGACUUAUGGUUGCAAAACAGAAACUUCGGCAGUUACAGGAUCUCGUUGCCAUGGUACAGGAUGAUGACGCAGUAGAACAAGGAGCUGUUUCUGCCAGCACUUCAAAUUUGGAUGAUUUCUACCCCGCAGAAGAGGACACCAAACAGAAUGCGAAUAACACCAGAGGAAAUGCCAAUAAAACACAGAAAGACACUGGCGUAAAUGAAAAGGCGAGAGAGAAAUUUUAUGAGGCUAAACUACAGCAGCAACAGAGAGAACUCAAACAAUUGCAGGAGGAAAGAAAGAAACUGAUUAAGAUUCAAGAGAAAAUUCAAGCAUUGCAAAAGGCAUGUCCUGACCUACAGCUGUCAGCUACUAGUGCGGGUAAUUGUCCCACAAAAAAAUAUAUGCCAGCUGUCACUUCAACCCCAACUGUUAAUGAAAAUGAAACCAAUACAAGCAAAUCUGUUUUUGAGCCUGAAGUUUCUUCAGUAGUAGAUAAUGAGCUUUGGUCAGAAAUGCGCAGACAUGAAAUUUUAAGGGAAGAGCUGCGACAGAGGAGAAAGCAGCUUGAAGCCCUGAUGGCUGAGCACCAGCGGAGGCAGGGUCUGGCUGAAACCGCAUCCCCAGUGGCCGCUUCCUUGAGAAGUGAUGGGUCUGAGAAUCUGUGUACUCCUCAGCAAAGCAGAACCGAAAAAACGAUGGCAACGUGGGGCGGUUCUACCCAGUGUGCACUGGAUGAAGAAGGAGAUGAAGAUGGUUACCUUUCCGAAGGAGUUGUUCGGACAGAUGAAGAGGAAGAGGAAGAACAGGAUUCCAGUUCCAAUGAUAACUUUUCAGUAUAUCCUCCUAACAGCACGAAUCAUAACUCUUACAAUGCAAAGGAAACUAAAAAUAGGUGGAAGAACAAUCGCCCCUUUUCAGCAGAUGGAAAUUACCGUCCACUAGCCAAGACCAGACAACAGAACAUCAGCAUGCAGCGCCAGGAGAACCUCCGCUGGGUGUCGGAACUCUCGUAUGUGGAGGAGAAAGAACAGUGGCAAGAACAGAUUAACCAGCUGAAGAAACAGCUUGAUUUCAGUGUCAGUAUUUGCCAGACUUUGAUGCAGGACCAGCAGGCUCUGUCUUGUCUGCUGCAAACGCUUCUCACGGGCCCCUACAGUGUCAUGCCCAGCAACGUCGCAUCGCCUCAGGUGCACCUCAUCAUGCACCAGCUGAACCAGUGCUACACGCAGCUGACGUGGCAGCAGAACAACGUGCAGAGGUUGAAACAAAUGCUAAAUGAACUUAUGCGCCAACAAAAUCAGCAUCCAGAAAAAUCUGGAAGCAAGGAAAGAGGCAAUAGUGCAUCACACCCUCCUUCACCCAGUUUGUUUUGUCCGUUCAGCUUUCCAACACAGCCUGUAAAUCUGUUUAACCUGCCUGGGUUUACUAAUUUUUCAUCAUUUGCACCAGGUGUGAAUUUCAGCCCUUUAUUUCCUUCUAAUUUUGGAGAUUUUUCUCAGAAUAUUUCUACAUCCACUGAACAGCAGCAACCAUUAGCCCAGAAUUCUUCUGGGAAAACAGAAUAUAUGGCUUUUCCAAAACCUUUUGAAAGUAGUUCUUCUAUUGGAGCAGAGAAGCAAAGGAAUCAAAAGCAGCCCGAAGAGGAGGUGGAAAACAGUAGAACACCAUGGUUAUAUGACCAAGAAGGUGAAGUAGAAAAACCAUUCAUCCAGACUGGAUUUGCAGUGUCUGUAGAGAAAACUACGAAUAGUAAUCGCAAGAAUCAGUUAGAUACCAGCAGAAGACGCCAGUUUGACGAAGAGUCGUUAGAAAGCUUUAGCAGCAUGCCUGAUCCAGUGGAUCCGACCACCGUAUCGAAAACAUUCAAGGCGAGAAAAGCCUCUGCACAGGCCAGCCUGGCAUCUAAAGACAGAACCCCCAAGUCAAAGAGUAAGAAGAGGCAUUCUGCUCAGCUGAAAAGCAGAAUUAAAAGUGUUGGGUAUGAAAGUGCCAGUAUGUCUAGCACAUGUGAACCUUGCAAAAAUAGGAACAGACAUUCAGCCCAGACUGAAGAGCCUGUUCAAGCAAAAGUAUUCAGCAGACAGAAUCAUGAGCAGCUGGAAAAAAUAAUAAAAUGUAGUAGGUCUACAGAAAUAUCUUCAGCACAUGCUAGGAGAAUACUACAGCAGUCUAACAGAAAUGCAUGCAAUGAAGCGCCAGAAACUGGGAGUGAUUUUUCCAUGUUCGAAGCUUUGCGGGAUACUAUUUAUUCUGAAGUAGCUACAUUAAUUUCUCAAAAUGAAUCUCGUCCACAUUUUCUUAUUGAACUCUUCCAUGAGCUUCAGCUACUUAACACAGACUACUUGAGACAGAGGGCCUUGUAUGCAUUGCAGGACAUAGUAUCCACACAUAUUUCUGAGAACCACGAGAAAGAAGGGGAAAAUGUAAAGUCAGCGAAUUCUGGUACUUGGAUAGCAUCAAACUCAGAACUUACUCCCAGUGAAAGCCUUGCUACUACUGAUGAUGAAACUUUUGAGAAGAACUUUGAGAGAGAAACACAUAAAAUAAGUGAGCAAAAUGAUGCCGAUAAUGCUAGUGUCCUGUCUGUAUCUUCAAAUUUUGAGCCUUUUGCAACAGACGAUCUGGGUAACACUGUGAUCCACUUGGACCAGGCGUUGGCCAGGAUGAGGGAGUACGAACGCAUGAAAACCGAGGCCGAAAGUAACACAAACGUAAGGUGUACCUGCAAGAUCAUUGAGGAUGACAGUGGUGCUGCUGCCAUGACCGCUGUUAAUGAUUUAGAAGCAACUCCUAUUAUUGAAAAUCAUAAUGCACAACAACCUGUAAGUGAAAUCUCUGCCGUCCCGUGUCCUAGAAUUGAUACUCAGCAGCUAGACCGACAAAUUAAAGCAAUUAUGAAAGAAGUCAUUCCAUUUUUGAAGGGUUUUUCUCAGGAGCACAUGGACGAGGUAUGCUCUCCUCAGCUUCUGACUUCAGUGAGGCGCAUGGUGCUGACCCUGACCCAGCAGAACGACGAGAGCAAGGAGUUCGUCAAGUUCUUUCACAAGCAGCUUGGAAGUAUAUUACAGGAUUCAUUGGCAAAAUUUGCUGGCAGGAAACUGAAAGACUGUGGAGAGGAUCUUCUUGUAGAGAUAUCGGAAGUGUUGUUUAAUGAGCUGGCGUUCUUUAAGCUCAUGCAAGAUUUGGAUAAUAAUAGCAUGACAGUUAAACAGAGAUGCAAAAGGAAAAUAGAAGCAGCUGGAGUGAUACAGUCUUACGCCAAAGAGGCCAGAAGGAUUCUCGAAGGAGAUCGUGGCUCACCUGCUGCAGAAAUUGACGAGGAAGACAAAGACAAGGAUGAGACUGAAACAGUUAAGCAGACUCAAACACCUGAAGAGUAUGAUGGCGACGGCCCCAAAAAUGUGAGAUCCGACAUUUCCGAUCAGGAGGAAGAUGAAGAAAGUGAAGAAUGCCCAGUGUCCAUUAAUUUGUCCAAAGCUGAAACCCAAGCAUUGACUAAUUAUGGAAGUGGAGAAGAUGAGAAUGAAGAUGAAGAAAUAGAAGAAUUUGAGGAGGGACCUGUAGAUGUUCAGACGUCACUUCAGGCUAACACUGAAACUACAGAAGAAAACGAACAUGAUGACCAGGUUCUACAACAGGAGUUUGAAAAAUCAGCAGAAAGCAAAAAUGUCCCAUCAGAACAAGAAACCACUGCUAGUAAAGAUGACCAGGACAGCGCUCCUGUGAAACCGUGUUCCCUCAACAUCUUGGAAAACGAGCGACCUCUCAACAGCGCUGUCCAGAAGGGCUCGCCUGCGACCGCCGAGUCAUCUAAACAGCCCGGCACGUUGCCCUUGCCGCUGACUGAGACCGAAACCCUGGUGCCCAGAGUCAAAGAGAUGAAAUCUGCUCAGGAGACUCCUGAGAGCUCCCUGGCCGGAAGUUCUGACACCGACUCCCCAGUGCUGGUGAACGACUAUGAAGCAGAAUCGGGUAACAUAAGUCAGAAAUCUGAUGAAGAAGACUUUGUGAAAGUUGAAGAUUUACCACUUAAACUGACAAUAUACUCAGAGGCAGAUCUAAGGAAGAAAAUGGUACAAGAAGAACAGAAAAACCAUUUAUCUGCUGAGUUACUAUGUGAAAUGCAGACUGAAGAAUUAGCUGGGAAUUCUCAGACACUGAAAGAACCUGAAACAGUGGCAGCCCAGAGCACAUGAAUAUCUCCAGAGGCUCAUCUAACUCUCUUUACAUAGUCAGUGCAUAUAUGGAAAUGGUUCUAAAUAAACAUCUGUUUUGAUCUGUAUAAAAAUGUAAAUUAGUUUGACACUGCAUUUUUGGUAAGUGUGCGAAUUUCUGCCCAUGGCAGUUUAAAACAUAAACUAAAUUGGGGACAGAUUCAAGCCUUGAUACACUGUGGGAUUUUUUUUCUCUUUUUUUCUCUCCCCACCCCCCCAUUGUGGCGUUCGGUCAUGUUGAAUUUAAAAUGUAGUUUUAAAUAAAGUUUGGACUUAACUGUAAAAUAUCUUUUUUGGAAAUUAUGUCAAAUUCUAUACAGCAAGUCACUGUUCUGCAUAAUUAGGCUGUUCAAAGAGCAGUGGUCAAGAGUUAGAGAUGUACAGUUUUUUUCUAAAUAUUUUCUUGUUUGUGCUCUUACAGUUGUCUCAGUUUCCCCCUUUUUGUUAUCGAGUCUAGCCAGCAUGCCAGGCUUCCCAGUAAUGCCAGUGUUACUGCUGUCAGCCUGAUGUGCUGUUAGGUAUCUGCAUGUCUUCCUCCUAUUCCUAGGAUGGGGCAGGCUGUGCAGGUUUCCGGGGUGUCUGUGAAGGCAGUGCAGGAUAGGAAUACUCUGUUCAAAUUGGGUAGUACGUUUAGGACACGUCUUAGUACCGAUCAGAUAUUUCCCAGAAUUUCAGUUCCCAUCUGUGUUGCCUCCAUCUAAAAAUAAAUAAGUUUUAUAAAAUUAGAGGGUAUUUCUGCACAGACAAGUAACAUUGUGAUUAAUUUUAAAUGAAAAACUCAGCUCUUUCAAAGAGGGACUAACAGAACUAAAUGCAGGUACCGGAAUGCUGAGGUUCCGUGUGCCUUCGGAUAAACUUACCGAGACGGCAGCUUACAGCCGAGGUGCAGCAGGUGCCUGUGUGUGCGGUGAGAGAGGUGGGUGCCGAAGAACGGAAACCCGUGUGACUCCGUCACCGCUCAGCCAGCCAGCUUGUGAACGAUGGUUACCUUUAGAUCCCAGCCUAGCCUUCUACCCCGCAAGGCUUCACAGAACCAGGUAACAGUUAUUUAUCCCAGGUAUCUUUUAAGUUGGUUAAAGAUUGACUGAAGAGAGCUUGGUUGGUAUUCCUUCAAAUUUCUUACCAGCCCGAUACCUUAUUAUAAAACUGCAGUGUCCAGUCAGGAAGUAUUCAAUGAGUAUUUUCCUCUGAGGACAUCUACUGUAUUGCUACUUAAUUUAAAUUAUAUGAGAUGUACAUCUCCAGCUGUAAAAAAACAUAUAUUCAGAAAACUCUCAUUCCAGAAUUAGGAAUUCUUACCCACCUGGCCUGACAUCAGGGAAACUGAAACAGUAAGUCACGUUAUAUGUAUUCUUCAGUUCUAUAUUUGUUUUCUAGAUUGUUCGGGAAGAGGGAAAAACUUCAUUUCUGUACUCAAGCCAAGCCUCACACAUUAUGAUUCUCUCUCUCUCUCUGCAUGCAUAUUAAAGAUCGGUAUGGUGGAAGCAUUGUACUUACACCUCGGUUGUUGUUGUAGUGCCUACAAACCUUAUCAGACUUGCUCAUUUGACUUAUGUUAUACCUGCCGUAAUCUAGUCUGGUGUUUUCUAUUUUAGUAGGUAAUUUAGUUUCAAAAUACGUGGAGCUUGAGAACAAGUAACUUGUUUCAUGUUUUUCCCAGAAGCUAUUGCUAAAGGGUUGGGCAUUAAAUAUUCCUGUUUGUCUUAAUUUAUAAGUUAAAAAUGUGCUUAGAAAUGGGAGGCAGAAAAGGUCACAAGGAGCGAGAGAACCCUGCACAGGUUGAGAUAGUGCCUGAAGUAGUGAGCUCACCAGACUGUGCCAGGUACUCUUUGUAUUUUGUAACAUUUCACUUUGGCUAAAUGCUUUUUCACUGCUAAUAAAUGUAUAUCCUGCAUAUGACCCUGAA